AUGCCGACCAUCCUCCCACCCUGGCCACAUGUUCUAUUCGGCAUUCUUGAGCCUCUUUCCUUGGUUCUCGGAAGCCUCGCCCCGCUGUAUGACCUGAACGGCUUCAUCGCUGGUCAAACACCCCAAGUAGACCCUCCCUCCGCCCAUCCCAGCAGCCUCUCGCUAGCCUACCAACUCGGCAACCUAUACUCCCUCCUUUUCCUCGUCGGGGUUGCCGUAUUGCACACAAGCACAGAACCCAAGGUCGUGCGCAAUUACCUGAUCGCCCUGGCUAUUGCAGAUGUCGGUCAUGUCUACGCCACGUAUCUGGGGAUGGGUUGGGCUGCGUUUGUGAAUGUUGGCGCGUGGAAUCCUCUAACUUGGGGGAACAUUGGCGCGACCGCAUUUCUAUUCAUCAAUCGUUUGGCUUAUUUUGUGGGGAUUUUCGGGACUGCGACAGCGCCGAAGGUGGCAGGGAAACGAGAAUAA